AUGGUUCAAGGUCCGAAAGCUACUACAAGCACCCAACUCAUGAAGUCCACUAUCAUGAUACUGUGUGAAAAAUGUGGCCUCCGACCAUCUUACGAGUCCUUUCAGGGGACUGGCAAGAGGUUCACGACAGGGAGAUACGCCACGGCUGGGGAGUUCCCGUGGCACGUGAGCAUCCAGAGCAACGGGAGACAUGUCUGUGGAGGCACCAUCAUCAGCGCAUUGUGGAUUUUAACUGCGGCUCAUUGCUUUGGAGAAGAGAUGCCACCAGACCUCACUGUUUUAGUGGGGGGAACUGACCUCAGUGUCCCGCUGGAAGAACAUAAGCCAGACAGCUUGAUCCUCCAUGAAAAAUUUGACAGAAUGACCAUGCAGAAUGAUAUUGCUCUGAUCCUGCUCAGCUCUCCCAUUGAGUUUAGCAAUGCGAAAAUACCUGUCUGCUUGCCCUACAUGCAUGACAUCAAUACGUGGCAACACUGCUGGAUUGCGGGGUGGGGAACCACAAGUGCAGCGAUUUUGAGGCCAACAUCCCACAUGAUGCAGAAAGCACCAAUGAAGCUCAUCAGCAGGGAGCAGUGCUUGAAAAGUAUCCCACAGCUAGCAGAGAACAUGCUGUGUGCUGAGAUGGAGAAAAGAAGAAGAGGAGGACAUUCUGGCUGCAACGUGGACAGCGGGGGACCUCUGGUUUGCAGCUACUGGAAUACCAUGAAGUGGUUUCAGGUUGGCAUCGUCAGCUGGGAACAAGAUUAUGCAGAAAAGCCAGCCCAUGAGGUCUUAUUGUCUGUUUACAGCUACCGUCGCUGGAUAGAGACUGAGACAGCCAUAAGGGGGAAACCUUUCUUCAUUGAAGGCAUGGAUAACCAUGCUAAUAGUUGGCUGUUUUCUUCCAAGGCUCAGUCACAGCUGGUAUUCCUUGAGCAUUGUCUCCUUUUAUUUAUCCCUUUAAUAGCAAUUAGAUUACUCUAG